CCUUGCUCACGCACAUCCUUGCUUCUCGGGAAGGUCAGCAAUGAACCAGCUUCCCACAAACGCCCAACUCGGGGCGGCUAUUUCUGAGAAUUCACAUGAGCUCCGAAGUACACAGGACACAGGGGACGCCCCGCCCCGCCGGCCAUGGAUACCUGCAUACCCUGCCCGCGUGUGAGUGCUCCCCCAGGACGGGGAGGGGGGGCAGGCCCCAGUGCUGGCGCAAACUGCUUCCUGUGACCUCACAACACGCGAGGGUUGCGCUGGUCUCCCUGCCUUUCAUGGAAGCUACUUCCUGCUCUGAGAGGCCAGGUGACCCGCCGAGGGCACCCUGUGACCCUCCUGCUUGGCGCCAGCCUUGCCCAUGGGCCCAGCCCCGCUCUUCCUGCUCGGCUCCGUGGGAUGGCUGACAGCGGCAUGGAAGGGGGUGUGCCGCCAGGGCUGGGGGCUGGGCCUGGAACACAGACCACCGGCCAUGCUGAGGGGUGACCGGGACAGGACAGUGACCUGACCUUGGGACCCACUGCCCCAGACGUGUCUGGCAAAGCCCACUCCAAAGGCCAGGCUGCAUGGGGUGCUGAACUCUGCCUGGGAUUGCCGGGACACUGGCCACCACCAGUGUGGACCACACCACACCACAGGGACACACACCUUGGCCAGGACAGGCCAGCCUAGCCUCACACCAAGAGCCACGGGAUGCCUGACACAGACCCCAUCCUCAAGAGUCACAAGUGGCCCCGUCUCCAGGACACGUGGAAGCAGGCAACAAAUGGAGAAAAAGAGUCGCGAGGUAACUUUGGGGAAGAAGGCGCACGACGCUGAAGUUAACAAACCACGUGGCGGGACUGCUCAGAAAACCGAACGACUUUUACAAUUAGAAGGAAAACUUAGUAAGACAGUACCAGGAGGCCGACAGAAACACCAAGAGUGCCCCAGGAUGCCCUGGGGCCCAGCGGCUUCCUGUCCAUGGCUUUGCAGGAGUCAGGUCUGGGAGGAGCAAGAGCCCGGUCACACUUCCUCCAGCUGGAAGGGACACACCAGAGAGAGAAGCUGGCCUACAGGCAGCACCGGGCAGGCAGGGACACGGAGCCAUCUGCCAGGCCCACUGAGAGCGGCUGCCAAAAGGAAUUCCAAACCAGUGGGGGACCCUGAGAUCAGUGGGGAGUACACGCAGGGAGCAGCUCACAGGAGAGGGCCCGCCUGGCAGGAGUCUCAGACAGGGGCCAGGGUACCCGGAGACCCAACAGUCACAAGAGGCCAUGGCCCCAGGCAGAAGUGGUCUGGAGCGCCUCAGAGAAGUGCCGGGAGGACAGCAAGGCAGGGCCUGGCACGCCAGGACAACACCUACCCACACUUCACACUCAAGGAGAAGGAGCCCCAGCAAGGACCACUAGCACCAAGAGUCCUCUUAAGAAAGGGCCAGCGAGGCCCUCGUCAUAGGGUCCUUUUCCUCAGAAAGGGACGGUCCUCGACAGCUGGCCCGGCAGCCACUCGACUGAGGGAAACAGACCCUGGCUUGUCCACUUGAGCUGAGAAGUGGCUCAGCCAGACCCAAAGACAGCUAGCUGGACACACGACAGCACCCUGGGGGGCAGGAGGCGGCCGUGUCCACAGGCCCUGAGGUGUGUGAUGUCCCGACUGGUGGCCUGGCUAGGGAAAGGUGGGGUUUGCGUGCGCCAGGAGGGGCUGCCCUCACCCCAAAGUGGAUCCCAGAGGCCAGAGUGAGGCCAGCCUGGCCCAGAGAACAUGCUGGCCGCGCCUGCCGACUCUGAACGCCAGCCCCAUGGGCCCCACCUGGGCUCACAGGCGUUGCCCAAACGCACUCACCCCUAGUAUCUGAA